AUGCGUAAUUACGUGAGAAAAAGAGUUCAGAGCUAUUCUGAUGACGACAUCAAUCUAGCCCUCCAGCUGAUUCGAGAAGGUAAAACGGACGUUAAGAAAGCUUCAGAGAAGUACAAAAUUCCAGCAAGUACAUUGUAUAGUCGGUUAUCGGGAGCAAACAAUUCUGGACCAGUUGGUGGGAAAACAAUACUAAAUAAAGCAGAAGAAACUCAUCUUGUUUAUGUAAUUAAAAAAUUGCAAGAAUAUAAUCACCCCGUUUCAAAUUCUGAUGUUCGUAAAUUAGCUGCAUGGUAUAUGCUAGAAUUAAAUAAAAAUGUUUCAAACAACGGUCCGGGCAAAGACUGGUUCUAUGGCUUUAUGGCACGAUGGUCACAUAAGUUAAAAGUUAUGAAAAGUAUUAAACUAGAAAAAGCACGAAAUGAAGCCUUACCAAAACUCAAUUUAUUUGAUAAACCAUCAAAUAUAUUUAAUUGUGAUGAAAGUGGAUUUUCUGACGACCCUGACAAAAAAUGUGUUGUUGUUAAACGCGAAACUAUUGCUGUUCAUGGAGGAAGUGGUAAAAAACAUACUACGGUUUUACUGACAACUUCAGCUAGUGGCAGAUGUUUUCCACCUUAUAUUGUUUACAAAGCAGAACGGUUAUACAGCACUUGGAUGCCAAAGAAAAAUUAUCCUGGAACAAUGUACAACACAACUCAAACAGUAGCACUUAUUUUAGCCAUUUGUUUUCGUCGAUAUUUACCACCUAAACCAGAAAAUACUAUUAAACGUCAUUUAUUAUCGGCAUUUAUUGGUAUUGCUAUUGCACAAUUUUGUUUUGGUCAACAAGUAUGGCAUUUAAUUAUUCAAUCGAGUGUUUCAUAUUUAAUAUUAUAUAUGAUAAAACCAAAAUAUUCUUAUCUAGUAGUAUUUGUAUUUUGUAUGCUCUAUUUAAGUUUUAUUCAUAUUUAUCGUAUUAUAUUUGAUUAUGGAAAUUAUACAUUAGAUGUUAGUGGUGCACUUAUGAUUAAUACUCAAAAAUUAACAGCAUUAGCAUUUUCAUUUUAUGAUGGAUAUAGAUCAACAAAGAGAAAAACACAAGAUAAUAAUGUUGAAAAUAUAUUGAACGAUGAUCAAAAACAACAAAUGUUAAUAAAACUUCCAGAUCCAAUUGAAUUUCUUAGUUAUGUAUUCUAUUUUCAUGGUAUUUGUGUUGGACCAUUAUGUUUUUAUAAAGAUUACAUUGACUAUGUUGAAGGAAAAAAUCUUCUUAUAAUACCUACAAAUCAAAAUAUUAGUCAAAAUUCUAAUUCAUUAUCUUCUACAAAAGAUGAUGAACAACAAUAUCGUAAUUUACCUCUUGAACAACGACAACCAUCUACAUUUUGGCCAGUAUUUACAAAAGUAUUACAAGCAUCAUUUUGGGCUUAUAUCUUGUUGAAAUUUUCAGGAAAUAAUUCAAUAGAAUAUAAUAUAAGUGAUGAAAUGGUUAAUUCACCAUUUUUUAAACGCGUUCGAUAUUUAUGGUUUUCAUCAUUUUGUCAUAGAGCCAAAUAUUAUUUUGCUUGGAUAUAUGGCGAAGCUAUUAAUAAUGCCGCUGGAUUGGGUUUAAACGGUUAUGAUGAAAAAACAAAACAGCCAAAAUGGAAUUUAUUAACAAAUAUUAUUCCGUAUAAAUUAGAAUCAUCAACAAGUGUCAAAGUCAUUUUAGAUGUAUGGAAUAUUCAAACUGCAUUAUGGUUAAGACGUAUAUGUUAUGAUCGAUUAAGAAAAGGUCGUACAUUAUUUGUAUUUAUAUUAAGUGCAUUUUGGCAUGGUUUUUAUCCUGGAUAUUAUUUUACAUUUGUUUUGGCUGCAUUUGAAACAUAUGCUGGACGUGGUAUACGUCGACAAAUUCGUCCUUAUUUUCAAAAAAAUAAAUCAAGAAAAAUAAUCUAUUCAAUAUUAACAUGGACUGGCACACAUAUUGUUCAAGACUUUACUGUAGUACCAUUUGUUUUAUUAGAAGUUCGAAAAUGUUUAUAUUUCUACAAAUCAUGGUAUUUUGUGGUACCCGCUGUCGUUAUUCUACUAGCUAUUUUAUUACCCGGGGCUAGUACAAAGACACCACGUACAAAUACUACUAAAAAUCAAUUAACUAAAGAUCAUAAUCAACAACAAUCAACACAAGAAAUUGAAAAGAUAAAAGAAUUUUAA